GCUGCCAGCCCCUGAGUCCCCUGAAAAGGCCACCCUAUGAUUUCCACAGUGCUGCUUUAAUAGGAACAUUACCGCUAUGGCCUCAGCAACGCCCUUGGCAAUGAUGUGGGAGGAGGUCACGUGCCCUAUCUGCCUGGAUCCCAUAAUGGAGCCUGUGAGCAUUGAAUGUGGCCACAGCUUCUGCAAAGAAUGCAUCUCUCAGGUCGGGAAGGAUGGGGACUGCAGCUGUCCUGUGUGCCGGCACAGCUUCAUGCUCAGCAACCUCCGGCCCAAUCUGCAGCUAGCCAACAUGGUGAAUCACCUUAGACAAAUCAGCCAGGGUGCGAAGAAGGGCACACAGGAGGAGCGGUGUGGGGUGCACGGAAAGAAACUUCACCUGUACUGUGAGGAGGAUCGGAAGGCUAUUUGCUGGGUGUGUUCCCAGUCCCUGAAACAUCGUGACCACCCCAUGCUCCCUAUUGAGGAGGCUGCUCAGGGGUACCAGGAGAAGCUCCAGCUGGCAUUAGGGAAAUUGAGAAAAGAUCAGGAGUUGGCUGAGAAAUUGGAAGUGGAUGUUGCAAUGAAGAGAGAAGACUGGAAGAGGAAGGUUGAGACACACAAAUUGCGGAUUCAAGCGGAGUUUAUGCAGGUGAAAAACUUCCUGGCUGAAGAGGAACAGAGGCAACUGCAGGAGCUGGAGAAUGAAGAGGGGAUACAGCUGAAAAUCCUGGGGGAGACGGAGGCCGAGCUGACCCAGCAGAGCCAGGACCUGCAGGAGCUGAUCUCAGAGCUGGAGAGGACGACUCGGGGCUCAGCGCUGGAGCUGCUGCAGGAGGUGGACAGUGUCCUGGAAAGGAGUGAGUCCUGGAACCUGAAAAAGCUGGACAUUGUCUCCCCAGACCUGAGGAGUGUGUGCCGUGUGCCAGUGCUGAAGAGGAUGCUGAGGACUUAUGGAGUUCACAUCACUCUGGAUCCACACACAGCCCAUCCGUGGCUCAUCCUUUCAGAGGAUAGGAGACAAGUGAUGCUUGGAGACACCCAGCAGAAAGUGCCUGAAAAUAAGGAGAGAUUUGAUAGUUAUGCCAUGGUCCUGGGUGCCCAGCACUUCAACUCUGGAAAACAUUACUGGGAAGUAGAUGUGACAGGAAAGGAGGCCUGGGAACUAGGGGUUUGUCAAGACUCUGUGGAGAGGAAGGGGUAUUUUAAGAUCAGCCCCAAGAAUGGCUUCUGGACAAUUAGGCUGUUUAAGAAACAAAAAUAUAAGGCUGUCACCAACCCCCACACACCCCUCCACCUUCAGGUGCCUCCACGCCAAAUUGGGAUCUUCCUAGACUAUGAGGCCAGCACUGUCUCCUUCUAUAACAUCACUGACCAUGGCUCCCUCAUCUACACCUUCUCUGAAUGUGCCUUCGUUAGACCUCUGCAUCCCAUCUUCCGUCCUGGUGUCAAUGUCACGGGAAAAAAGACAGCCCCUCUGACCCUCUGUCCACUGAAGAUGAGAUGAUAGGGAUCCACUGACUGUUGACGGCUCUCUCUGGAUACUGACACCCCCUCUGUUGGUAUCCCUUCUCAGCUACUGACACUGCCUCAUUUUCCCAUGAAUUCUGAAACAACUUUGUCUCUCCAGAGGUGUUUGGUACCAGCAAGCACAGUUGGCAAGGAGGUCACUGAAAGUCUUUGUCAAAUGACCUUCAGCAUCAAUAUUCCUGCCCUAGAUUGCUUUAUGAUGCCCUCCAUGAAACAAACUACUGACAUUUGGCCUAGACUCAUCCAGAUCGACCAAAACAUGUUUCUGCCUUCUUUAUGUUACUCAACUUUUGUUUUCUCCUCUCCUUCACUAGGCCUUUGGUCAGAUCUCUAUCAUCUAUCUUGCAUUGUUUACAAAAGGGCUUCCUAAAGAACUUGGGCCUCCAUCUUUCCCAUUCAGUUGUGGUUCUUGUGCACAUCUAGGAGUAUCUUUCCAACAUGCACACGUCUGAUCAUAAGUAGCUCCACCACUGCCUAUAGAAAAAUAGCCGUACUUUAUAAAUAAAGGCUGAAUUAUGCAUGCCUUAGACUGCCAUGUUAAAUAUCCAGCCUGCUGUGCCUCUCACAGUCCCACCGUUAUUUCCCAACCACAUCCUGUUGAUAAUGGAGUUGGUUAAAGGGCAUAUCAAUCUAAAUUGUGUGAUGGUUUUCUGAUAUGUCACCCUGGCUAACCUAUAAGCCCCCAGCAUUUCAAUCGAACACUUAUCUAGAUGUUGCUGUGAAGAUAUUUUGUAGAUGUUAGUAAAGUCCAUAAUCGUUUGCCUUUAAGUAAGGGAGACUGAAUUAGGCCCACCCAGCUUAUCUAGGACAAUCCAGUGGAAGGCCGUAAAAGCAGAACUGAAGCCUCCACCUGUGAAUAGCCGCCUCAGCUUCUGCCCAGGAGUUCCAGCUUGCCCUUCCUGAUGGCCUGCCUCAGAUUUAGGAUUUGCCUUGCCAGCCCCCUUAUUGAGUAGCCUAAUUCCUUGCAAUAAAUCUCUUAAUAUUUAUCUCCUUCUAGUUCUGCUUCUCCAAUUGAACCUGAUUGGUAUGAAGGCCAGGAGUAAGGUAACAGCAUCACCUAGUGACAGCAAACACCUUCUUGAGUUUAAGCUUUUAAGGUUGGAACAAUGAAGCUCUACACCUGAGCCAAUAGGAGGCUGUGAGAGAGCCAUAUCCUUCCAGGAACCCUUAUUCCUUAUCUAAAAUAGAAUCUCAGGUUGCCCUUAGCAUAUCUGCUAAAUAUUUCAUGAGAAACUUAGGUACUUUACAAAGAUGUCAGUGACCUUGAAAAGAGUUUAUUGAUAAAAGUUGUUUCUAGUUCGUCUAGAGAUGAGUAAUGGUCUCUCUUAACACUGGACAGAAAGAGGGUACUUUGAAGGGAGAAUAAAAAGAACAGAAUCCUCAGGCAAGAUGACAACAUUACAGAGCUAAAUUAAUAUAAGUUGGCAAAGUCCACCAGUGUCUUGGUGAUAAACUGGAGGAAGAAUAUGGAGGAGAACUCAGUCCUACAUGAAUGGGGAUGUCCUGGGGAAUGGUUGGAUUCUGUAUGUCAGGGUCACAGAGAACUAUUUUUAGAAAGAAAGAUAGAAGAUAAACUCAUUUU